GUCCGUCUUAUCUUGAAAGAACCGUCGUAGACAUCUAUGAUUCUGAAGCAUUCGCAGCAACCUUAUUUUCCCAAAACGUUGUGUAGACAGUGUUUUCAUCAUGCACCAUACAUAGCAAUCGAACGAGAGUACCUGACCCGAACCCGCCUUCCGCGUUGCCCGCUUCUGCAAGCCCUAAACUGACCACACCACACAGCCGUCGCAUAUUUCAACAUCGCAAGCGCGUUAUACGGUUUGGUUAUUGCAACAAAGUGUGUUAUCGUCGAGGGGAUCCUUGGGCAUCCCACUGUGAAAAUGGACCACCCUGUGGCGCGGUCCCUAAUCGCCACGACUUAUAUCAACCUGGGCAAUGGAUCCGUCAUCGUUCCGGAAAACGAGUGUUUUUGCUUGAGCUGGCUUAAGCCAAGGGGAACACCGUUACAAAAGAAGGUUGCAAACGGCAUGCAAUGGUUUGCUUUCGGAUUCUCAGUCCUCCUGCUGAUGUACUACGCCUACCAGACAUGGAAGUCCAUUUGCGGCUGGGAGGAGGUGUACGUGUGCGUUGUUGAGUUGACCAAGGUCGUUGUCGAGUUCUUCCAUGAGUUUGACAACCCAGCAAUGCUACAGCUCUCCGGCGGCAACCGGCUGUUGUGGCUUCGGUACUGCGAAUGGCUGCUGACUUGUCCGGUCAUUCUUAUCCACCUCUCCAACUUGACGGGCUUAAGCGAGGACUACAGUCGGCGGACCAUGCAGCUGCUGGUGUCAGAUAUCGGCACCAUUGUGUGGGGAGCAACUGCAGCCAUGGCAAAAGGACCCGCCAAGAUCGGCUUCUUCAUCCUGGGAUGCCUGUACGGCUCCACCACCUACUUCCAUGCGGCGAAGGUAUAUAUCGAGUCCUACAACGCCAUUCCCAAGGGGCAGUGCCGUGUGCUGGUUCGAGCUAUGGCUUGGAUCUUCUUCGCGACGUGGGGAUUCUAUCCCGUGCUCUUCCUGCUGGGGCCCGAGGGCUACGGCGUUAUGUCCAUGUACGGCUCGACCAUUAGUCAUACCGCCGUAGAUUUGCUGUCUAAGAACGUGUGGGGCCUGCUGGGGCACCACCUGCGCAGGAAGGUUCAUGAGAGCAUGGUCGUACCCAUCUAAACCGCUUCCAACGGCUUCGCGCCACCAAUUGUGCCCUGCCACUGAGUCCUCUUUCUUCAACUCAACCAACCAAGAAGAACUAUGUUUGGCUACGGCUGCGACAGCCUCUGCUCUGUCAUCCUUCGCAGCAACGACACGGCGGCCGCCCGUCCGGGCGGCGAUAAGGCAGCUGAGAGGAGGUGAGAGUGGUCGGGACGCUAAGUAAGUGGGAGAGCGAGAGCGCGCGGUGAUUGAAAGAAGAGGAUGUUCUUGCAUUUCAUCCAUGUGAGGGAGUUGUCGUGGUGCGGCGACGAGAGAAGAGGUGAAGGCGAUGGGGCGUAUGCCAGCAGAUGCGAUGAAUGUGCUAAAUAGAAGCGGAGGGAAAAAGAAAUGUAAGGAACAUGUUGCUUGGUUGAUUUGAGGAGAGUAAUGCUUGAGUGGUUGUUAGUUACCGUUGCAAUCACAACUGACUGAGGGCGUAUCAAGAGAGGUUUUGUUCGUCGUUGGGGAGGUGCACGGUCAUGGAAAGGCCGGCAUGUCGCAGGUUGGCAAGGGGUCGAAGAUUGAUGAUUGGUCAGGUUGAGAGAUCUCGGGUGUAUGCGUGGAUGAUGCAGCGAAGGAGUGGGUCAGCGGAGACGAGAGGAAGGGCUUCCAACGGUGAGAGGCGAGGCAGGAUGCGACCUGAAGAGUACACGUAAGGGUCAUGGGACUAUCUAGAGACACUAUCUAGCCCAUCACUGUACACUUCUAUCGCUCUGUUGCGUUUACUGCGUGCAAACGGAGCUGUUGAGGAGAGGUUGGUUUGUGGUGUGAACAGGCGGGGCAGUGCGGCUGUCCGUGACCCAUGGGUCACAAGGGCAAGGGCUGACAGAGUAUUGGAGUACUGUGGAAGGCAAUUGAUCAGGAUCAGGAUGGGUGGCGGAUCGGAACACCUAAGGCAUGACACCGCGUGCAUGUCAAGUCGCGGCCCAUGCUUACUAGGUUGCUAUCCACAGCUCGAGGCGGUUCAUUGCCUUGUUCUUAGCUCCAUCAAGUAGGCCGGUGUGUAGGUCUUGCUUUUUGGAAGUGGUAAUCUGUGUAGCAGGAAAGGCAGGAGUGUGGAGAUGCACGUGCGAGGGGUUGGGUUUUGAAGCGUCCUUCAUACACACAAAUGCACAGGCGCAUUCGUGAUCGCACGUCAAUUCGUACAAAAAGCACCAAUUGAGGGCCCGCUCGCUGUUUUUUGGUUGCUGGAGCCAACACCACUGCUGCUGUAUGUGCCGCAAGGCACGCUCGCUAACGUAUAAAACUAGUGUGGAGGAGGAUCGGCAUGUAUGCCGAUGUGGUGCGGUUGCUGUCCCUGCCAUGGCGGGUUGCGGGUUGUCAAACACCGCUAUACAAGCAAGUUCUCGGAACAUGGAAAGUUCUGCGUCUGCGGGAUGGGUUGUACAACAAGGGGUGCUGCUUUUGCGAGGGUUGCAGGAUUUCAAUGUGUUUUGGAGGGAAGUUGUGUGCUGAUGAGAGGUAAGGCUGUCUUCUCCCGGCCACAUGCCUUGCAAUGCCUUGCAACGGACAACUGCAUGUGCUAACGUGCAUUUUGGGGGGUAUACGAGGGUGGUUCGGAACGACACUAGAGUGUUGGUCAACUGCAUCGUUGAUGUUGGGGUGGGGUGGGAUGUGUGAUGGGAUGAAUGGUGGGACCUGGAGCAGGAGUCUCGCACGCGUAAACAAAACUGACUCGCUUUGCGCUAGUUGCCUUUUGGUAUGGCGUACGCCUGUGAUGAGGGAUUUGUUUUCGUUAAAACAUAGCGGCAGGGCUGGAGGCUAGGUUCGCUAUUUGGGUGGUCCACGGCCUCCUGUUUGUUCCAUGCUAAAGCGCUGUUUCAUUGGCACAUGCAAGCAUGUGGGCGGAUCGCUGUGAACACCUUUCCGCGUGCUUUUGCUGUGCUCCCAUUUCGGCGUUCAUGAUACCUGUCGCCUGCGCAUUUCGUGUUCCCGUUUCGUGGCCCCCUUGUGUCCCGUGUCCAAGACGUACCGGCCAUGUUCCAGGAGCGAGGCUUGCUGAGUCAUGUGUUUUUUUGCCUGCUGUUUCAGACUAGGUACGCCGUCUCUACUAGGGAAAGCUGUUUUGAAGGCUGGAGUAAGGUUGCAGCACACCCCGCCGGCGUAUCGUAAGCGCGGACUGGCAUAAAUGGCAGCAGAGAUGGUGUGUUUCACUGGUUUGUUGGGUUGUACUACUGUCCACAUCGUAUGUGUUGUACGACCACCAUGCGUCGCUGUGUUGUGUGCACGAGCGGCAUCACCGUUAUUGAGAGCGUUGAGAGCAUUGCUGGGUAUGGCUAGCCGGUACGCUAUGUUGCAGUACGGGAUGGUUACGGUACGGGCGACCUUCAUUAUGGCAUCAAUUGCGAUUGCGAUAUAGUUACCAUCCCCAACAUCACCUUGUGUCAUCAAGCUGCUACAGGCGAUGUGCGUCUUAGGCAGUGACGUAUUUCCCUUUCUUUUUCACAAUUUGGACUCAACAUGCAUUUAUUGUAGUCUCUUGUUGCAAACUUUUUGCAAUAACCGAGUGACGUCCUCUGCCAUAUGCGUUGUUUAGCGUCUGUGAGGUUGUGCUGUCGGCAUCAUGCUACGGCGCGGCAGGGCUUCGCGCAACUGUCCCUGUUUAUGACUAAGAUGCAUACUCCCUUUGAGAACUUCCGCGUCCUCCAUACAUUCCGUACAAACUAGGGACACGGCACUGGCUGCCGCUCGCGUGUUUUCGGGAUACAGCAUUAACGUACCUUAAGAGGAUGUGCCCUUCUAAUGUAUGUGUUGCCGCUUGGAAAUAAUGAAUCCUGCCCCUUCUUAUCCUCCUUACAAGGCGUAUGUGGUGCAUGUAAGGAUAAACUGAUAGAAUAAAAU